UUGUACUAUACCAGGUGAAAGUAGAGAAAACCAGAAGAAUGAUGAUGAUAGGAAAGUGGUUGAGAUCUGUGGGAAGCGUUGGAAAGUGUGAUUGUCGGUACGAUGGAGUGAGGACAAUGGUUGGAAAAGCCUCGAACCGAGCUGGUGUUCAUGGUUCAAAACUUCCGGACGCUAAAGCACUUGACAAUGUAACUAAACAGCUGUGGCCUAAUAAGCCACUUAAUUAAGAGGAAGAGAUUAGGGAGAGGAUUAAUAAAGGGAAAGAAGAGAUAGAACACAAAAGAAGAGAGGUCGAGAAAAAAGUUGAUGGCUCUCAAACAGGAUCGAAAUCUAACGGCGACGAUACAUCAUCUUCCGACCGGUGAUGUUUUAUAUAUAUGGUCCUUUUUGUUUCCUGCUAGCCUUGUAUAUAAUCUUUUGUUUCUUCGUAUCUUAUUUUGUGGCCUCAAAUAAAAAAAACCAUAAUGCAAUAUAAUGAAUGCAUUUAUAUGAACUAAUAAGCCCAAAUAUUGUAAGGCCCAUUAAGUGGCUUAUCCAUCUUCAACUUCCUUCUCUGUCUCGUCUCUACGAUCACACACGGUCACACAGAGGAUUGUUCUGGUUUGUGGCACAUCGAAUUCGAAUUCGAAUUGUCUCCUUCUCUUACUCCUGAGCUGAAUGAAUUUUCAAUGGCUUCUUUAGAUGUUAUAACCACUUCACAAGCUUAUCUUACUCCAUUGGUGGCUCAACGUAUCAUCAUCACCCAUGCUAAAUUCUUACAAAUCCCAUUGAGACAAUCAACCUUCUCAAAGCACUUAGAACUCAAUUCAGGUCUCUCUAAAUCAACCAAACUCGACGAAGCUGUAACCUUGAUAGAGAAAUCAUCAUCAUCACCGUCGAAUCUCUCCUCCACGCCAGAGGCCUACACAGACCUUCUUCACGCAUGCAUCUCCGCUAAAUCACUCCACCAUGGCCUCAAAAUCUCUUCUUUGAUUCUCAACGACCCUAGUCUCCGUCACAACCCCAAAUUGCUUAGCAAGCUCAUAACCCUAUUCUCGGUUUGUCGCCGGUUAGAUCUGGCUCGGAAAAUAUUCGACGAUGUCACCGAUUCAACACUACUCACUGAGAAAGUGUGGGCGGCUAUGGCGAUUGGGUAUUCUAGAAACGGGUCACCACGAGAUGCUUUGCUUGUGUAUGUAGACAUGUUGUGUAGCUUCAUCCAACCUGGGAAUUUUUCGAUUUCCGUUGCUUUGAAAGCUUGCGUAGGUUUAAAAGAGAUUAGGGUUGGUAAAGGAAUCCAUGGCCAGAUUGUGAAACGGAAGGAGAAGGUUGAUCAGGUUGUGUACAAUGUGCUCUUGAAGCUUUACAUGGAACGUGGCUCAUUCGAUGAUGCACGCAAGGUGUUCGAUGGAAUGUCUGAGAGAAAUAUCGCUACUUGGAAUUCUUUGAUCUCGGUGCUCAGCAAGAAAGCUCGGGUGCAUGAGAUGUUUCAUCUGUUCAGAAAGAUGCAGGAAGAGAUGAUUGGGUUUAGUUGGGCGACUUUGACUACAAUCUUGCCAGCUUGUUCACAUGUUGCUGCUCUUCUCACUGGGAAAGAGAUUCAUGCACAGAUUCUGAAGUCCAAAGAGAAGGAACCUGAUGUUCCGUUGCUUAAUUCGUUGACGGAUAUGUAUGGUAAGUGUGGCGAGGUUGAGUAUUCUCGGAGAGUCUUUGAUGGUAUGUUGUUAACUAAGGAUUUGACUUCAUGGAACACGAUGUUAAACUGUUAUGCAAUUAAUGGAGAUAUUGAAGAAGAGAUGAAUCUGUUUGAUUGGAUGAUUGAGUCAGGUGUUGCACCAGAUGGGGUUACGUUUGUUGCUUUGUUAUCUGGGUGUAGCGAUACAGGGUUCACUGAAUAUGGUCUGAGUUUGUUUGAACGUAUGAAAACAGAAUUCGGAGUUUCACCUGCCUUGGAGCAUUAUGCUUGUUUGGUUGAUAUCUUGGGCCGAGCUGGUAAAAUCGAAGAAGCAGUCAAGAUAGUGGAAACAAUGCCGUUUAAGCCAAGUGCAUCCAUUUGGGGAUCACUUCUCAACUCUUGCAGGCUCCAUGGGAAUGUUUCAGUGGGAGAGGUUGCAGCCAAGGAGUUGUUUGUUCUUGAACCUCGUAAUCCAGGAAAUUAUGUUAUGGUUUCCAACAUUUAUGCUGAUGCGAAGAUGUGGGACAAUGUGGAUAAGAUCCGAGAGAUGAUGAGACAAAGAGGGAUCAAAAAGGAAGCUGGUUGCAGUUGGGUACAGGUUAAAGAUAAGAUUCAAAUCUUUGUUGCUGGAGGUGGAUACGAGUUUCGUAGUUCAGAUGAGUAUAAGAAAGUAUGGACAGAACUACAGGAAGCAAUUGGUAAAUCCGGUUAUUCUCCUGAUACGAGCGUAGUGCUUCAUGAUGUUGAUGAGGAAACUAAGGCGAAUUGGGUUUGUGGACACAGCGAGAGACUUGCGACAACCUACUCCCUGAUUCACACAGGUGAAGGGGUUCCAAUAAGGGUUACCAAGAAUCUCAGAGUAUGUGCAGACUGCCAUUCAUGGAUGAAGAUUGUAUCGCAAGUAACUGGGCGAGUCAUAGUCCUUAGAGACACGAAACGAUUCCACCAUUUUGUUGCCGGCAUUUGCUCAUGUAAAGAUUACUGGUGAGGUAGUAGAGGAAUCUAAAAGACUGAAGUUGUAGAACGGACAAGGCUUGUAACUGGUCAUUUCAUUCUUUUUGUAAGGCUUUUGAUAGCGGAAGCUGAUAAGGCCCGCCGAAGUGCUUGAAUUUGCUGCCACAAGAAACCAACGUGCUCAGCCAUUGUUGGAGAGUAGGAAUUCUGAAACCGGAAGCAAUGGACACAUUAAAGAAAAACAACCUUUCUCGUUUGGCAUGGACAAUGACCGUGGAUUUACCAGCGACGGUAGGAGUGAUAAGAGUAUGUUUCUGCGAAGCAAACUAGACAUGGAGGCAGACAUAGAUGUCAAAUAUAAACUUGGGAUGAUAUCUCUGACAGUUGGAAGUUGGUACCAUUAUCAGACUGGCGGAGAGUCAUAUCUGAAAUGGAAGAGAAUGUUUGCAUCAUUGGAACCUAUAACUCUUACCCAAGAAGUUGGUGAAAUCACAUAAGGUUCUUUAUUGUUUUGGGUGGACAACGAAACAAAACAACCAUUAUAAAUACAAGAAAGUAAGUCACAAAGUUUUUGUGGAACCCAUUGGUUUUUUUCUUGUUUUUUUUUUCUUGUAUAAACAAGUUUGAAGGAUCUUUUAGAUUUCUUGAAAAAGAUUUAUAGAACUCUUGAUCUUGGGAUAUAUACAACAGUUUCCUCUUCUUUUUUUUGACGUCAACAUGGAAACGAUUCUGAAAAAUAAGAAAACUGGUUUUGGAAA